AUGCAUUUUAUUCUUCUGGGAUUUCCAACACGACCAGCCUUCCAGUUUCUCCUCUUCUCUGUUUUCCUGGCAGUCUACCUGCUGACGCUGCUAGAGAACCUAGUUAUCAUCCUAACCAUUCGCAGUGAUGGGCAGCUGCACAAGCCCAUGUACUUCUUUCUGAGCCACCUCUCUUUCCUGGAGAUGUGGUAUGUCACAGUCGUCAGCCCCAAGAUGCUGAUGGAUUUCCUCAGCCAUGACAAGAGCAUUUCCUUCAAUGGCUGUAUGACUCAACUUUACUUCUUUGUGACCUUUGUCUGCACUGAGUACAUCCUCCUUGCUGUCAUGGCUUUUGACCACUAUGUAGCCAUUUGUAAUCCACUGCGCUACCCAGUCAUCAUGACCAACGGGCUCUGUGAUGCACUGGCUGGGGCCUGGUUCUCUGGUCUCACAACUGCCAUGAUUAAGAUGAUUUUCAUAGCCCGACUUCACUACUGUGGCACUCCUCAUAUUAAUCACUACUUUUGUGAUAUCUCUCCACUCCUCAAUGUCUCCUGCGACGACUCCUCACAGGCCGAGCUGGUGGACUUCUUCUUGGCCCUCAUGGUCAUUGCUGUCCCCCUUUGUGUUGUGGUGGCCUCUUAUGCAACCAUCCUCACCACAAUCCUCCGGAUCCCUUCUGCUCAGGGCCGCCAAAAGGCAUUCUCCACCUGUGCCUCUCACCUGACAGUAGUAAUUCUGUUUUAUUCCACAACUCUUUUCACCUAUGCCCGUCCCAAGCUCAUGUAUGCCUACGAUUCCAACAAAGUGGUAUCUGUUCUCUACACUGCCCUUGUCCCACUCCUCAACCCCAUCAUUUACUGUCUGAGGAACCAUGAAGUAAAGGCAGCCCUCAAAAAGACAAUGCUUUGCAAAGGAAGUAGGCCCAGGGGAGAUGGGGCUUUUAGUAGUUAA